UCCACCCAUUUUAGCCUUUUUAAGCCAGUUGUGCACUUUAUCUUUCUCCUUGGUCUGAUUUUUCUUCUUACAACAUACUAGAUUGAGAAAUAAUAUUUGGAACAUUUUUCUCAAUUUCUCAUUUCUCCAUAAAACUCAAUUUCUCAGUUCUCACCCACCAAAUUUCGUUUUGAAUAUCCCCAGUAUUAUGCUCGUCAUCAAUUUUGCCUGUCCUUGAUUAAUAUUGCUCCUGUUAUCAUAUUAGGAGUUGGGUUAUCAGAUUUACACCAAUUUUUCAUAAUUUGAGCAUCUGAAAAUUCAGGCUGGUUUCUUACUAUUCAUCUGUGUUGUAAACGAAGAGUGUUUGCGAUGUCUCUUGUGUACUCUUUAUCGAGCGUAAGUCCAAAGUCUGUUGUUCAGGCAAAGCCACAAAUGCCAAAUAACCCUACUUUCCUCUGGCGCCCUGAGUCUGCCUAUUUACAGUGCAGAUGCAGAAUGCCUGCUGGUAUAUCUACUAGUGCUUGCCUUGGAAAGCCUUACAAUUUCUCCAAUGUCUUCUUAGCAACAAAGGCUUUGAAAAUUGAUGAUGGUGAGGUAUUAUCAUUUGAGGAAGAUGAAGACACAAUUGAUUUCGAUUGGGCUGAUGAGGAAGACGAGGGAUCCCCAUGGGAAGGGGCCAUUGUUUAUAGACGAAACCCCUCAAUCUCACACUUGGAGUACUGUACUACUCUAGAAAGGCUCGGUUUAGGCAAGAUUUCAUCAGAAUUGUCAAGAUCCAAGGCAUCAGCCAUGGGGUUACGUGUGACUAAAGCUGUCAAGGAUUUUACAAAUGGAACACCUGUACUUAUCUCUGUUGAUGUUACCAGAAAGAAGCAUAAAUUAAGACUAGAUGGAAUCAUCAGAACAGUUAUCUCUCUUUCUUGCAACAGGUGUGGUGAACCAGCAGUUGAGAGUGUAUUUUCCAACUUCACUCUACUGUUAACUGAAGAACCUGUAGAGGAGCCAGACGUCAUUAAUAUGGGACUCGUAUUUGGUGAAGACAAAUUGAAGAGUUCUGCAAGAACUGCUAACGAGGAGGAAGAAGAAGAUGAUGAUGCAUCAAUUGAUAUAGAGGAUAGGCUUCAUUUCCCUCCCGAGAUAAAAGAAAUUGACAUUUCGAAGCAUCUCCGAGACAUGCUACAUCUAGAGAUCACCAUUAACGCAGUAUGUGAUUCCAAAUGCAAAGGCUUAUGUCUGAAAUGUGGUACAAAUUUGAACAUUGGUGUGUGCAAUUGUAGCAAACAGGAGAUAAAUGAUCUGGGUUACGGCCCACUUGGGGAUUUAAGAAAGCAAAUGCAGCAUAAAUGAUUAGAUCAUGAGGUACCUCGCUUAUUAUAGGAAUGCAGCUAAUAUUAUGAGAUCGUGAUCUCGCUGUACACCUGAAAGUCAGGGCUAUAUUGUUCCAAGAAAUGAAAAUUUUAGUUUUGAUCUUGGAAA